CAGAAGCAAAGUAGUUGAACACCACUGCCACCAUACCCCAAACUGAACGCCACAGAGAUCCAGCAAUUUCACUAUUGAAAUCUUGUAUGAACCUCCAUGUAUCUUCAUCAUACAAGUCAAUAAAUUUUUUUUGACUUGUAACGCGUUUUAUACAAUUCCAAUUACAAAGUCAUUAGUUCCUUCCACUUAAGUCAGUCUUGUCAUCUCUCUCUCUCUCUCUCUCUCUCUUGAUUUUUACACUGAAGAGACGUAUAUAUAUCUAUAUACACAUAAAAACACACAUAUAAACAUCUGCAUAUAGAGAGUUUUAGAGAUAGACCAGAGUUGGUCAUUGUCAUGGACGUGCAUCAGGAAAAGAAAGAAGACGAGGGGAAGGUAGUAAUGGAGCAAACAGAGGAGUCACUUAAUACAGAAUCUGAAUUAGAAGGAGACGAGGAAGCAAAGAAAGUUAUGGAAUAUAGUAAUGAAAUCAAUGAGGAGGAGCAGAAUAAAGUUCGUCUCAUGAGAGCCUUUGUUGAAAGUCAAGACCCCUCUUCUAAGGAAGUAGACGACUUGAUGAUCAGAAGGUUUCUCCGCGCUCGUGAUUUAGACAUAGAGAAGGCGUCCUCUAUGUUCCUAAAAUACAUAAAAUGGAAACAAACAUUCGUUCCAGAUGGUUCCAUUUCUGCGGCUCAGAUUUCUAAUGAAAUUGCACAGAACAAGAUGUUUAUGCAAGGAUUGGAUAAAAGCGGACGCCCCAUAACAGUUGUAUUUGGUGGUAGACAUUUCCACAAAAAAGGAGGUCUCGAUGAGUUUAAGCGUUUUGUAGUCUUUGCUCUUGACAAAUUAUGUUCAAGCAUGCCAAGGGGACAAGAGAAAUUUGUUGUCAUAGGAGAUCUAGAAGGAUGGGGAUACUCGAACAGUGACAUUCGUGCAUACCUUGGAGCUCUAUCCAUUUUGCAGGACUACUACCCGGAAAGACUUGGAAAGUUGUUUAUUGUCCAUGUGCCCUACAUAUUCAUGACAGUAUGGAAGGUUGUCUAUCCAUUUAUUGACAACAAAACCAAGAAGAAGAUCAUAUUUGUGGAAAAUAAGAAGUUGAAAUCUACCCUACUUGAAGACAUUGAUGAGAGCCAAAUACCAGAGAUUUAUGGAGGCAAACUGCAAUUGGUUCCAAUACAAGAUAACUAACCAGUUCACUCACCAGUAUAAGUAUUUAUAUAUUUUUCCUCUUUCUGUCAUCGGUUUAUGGAUUAACUUUGUCGGUAAAGAACUGCUCAUGCACUAGCAAUGACAAGUUAUAUAUAUAUAUAUAUAUAUAUAUAUAUAUAUAGAGAGAGAGAGAGAGAGAGAGAGAGAGAGAGAGAGAGAACCUGAAAAUCAUGAGCUCCUUGAAACAGAACGAGCUGCAGCGCAGUUAGCUAUCUAUUUGUAUGGACAGAGACUGCAUCAAUAAGUGUAGCAGGCCAAAAUGCCUUUCUUUUAUUUGUGUUUAUGUUUGGAAAACCAAUCAUUGAUGAUAUGCAUCCUUAGUAGAAAUGAAUUCUUCAUCCUUAGCCAAAA